AUGCUAUCGCUGCUCUUAUUCGUGCUGCUGCAGUGGGCCGCGGCAACCAGUGCAGUGCUCUGCCCGGACCCCGUCAACGUCGAGCCCAUCUCCAAGUUCUGCCAGGACUUGACCAAAGUCUGCGUGGAUCAGGGAGACUAUGUGCUGUAUGAGAACAAGCACAACCCGCGGCACACGGCGUUCACCGGUAUCCCCCAGAUCAAAUUGGAUAGCGUGCAUGUGGAUUACUACGGCUUCGGAGAUGUGUGGGGCACAGAGUUCUUGUAUCCACACCCAUUGCUGCGUCCGGCCACCGGCGGGGAGGAGACGAAGGAGCUGCAGGAGCCGCAGUUCAGCCGAUGGUGA